AUGAGCGGCGAGCGGCGACGGCCGGGCCGAGCUCGGCGCCCUCCCCUCGGGCCCGGCCCGGCGGCGCCCGGCGGGGCUCGGCGGGCAGCGCCGGCCUCGGGCGGCGGCGCGGGGCGGUGCCGGGCGGGACGGAGCGCGGCGGAAAGCCAGGAUAAUCUUCAAGGGUGGAUAACAGAACCAACCAGCCUUUCUGCAGGUGCAGGAGAGAAAAAAGAGAGUGUUCCCACACAGCUGAUGAAGCAUGAAAACGAAGUUGGUGUUGCUUCUGAGGAACUUGGUUCAGCAAAUGCAGCUGCAGACCAUAAAGAGCAACCUGCGUCAGAAAUAAGACAAGACUGUGUAUACAGAAGUAGUGGGAGACCUGAGAGGACAGAUAAAAUUAAAUCUCUUGUGAUGGAUCAGGAUGCAUACAGCAACUCUGAACUAUAUGUACCUGUGUCUAGUUCAGCAGUGGAGUCAUCUGAGGAGAGCGAGGAGGACAUGUAUCGUGAUGAAGAAGAAAUAGAGAGGGAGAAAAUACUACUUUGUGAAACAAAUUCAUCAGAAUAUAAAGUAAGUGUUUCACCUGAAAUGGACAUUAUGGAGUAUUGCAGAAAGGAAUGGAGAGGAAAUACACCAGCAGCAAAAAGGAUGAGGAAGGGAUAUGAAGCAGUUGCUCAGAAGUUUGCAUCGAUAAGGAGAAUACGAGGUGAUAACUAUUGUGCUUUCAGAGCAACUCUUUUCCAGGCAUUAAGCCAAGCUACCCAGUUACCAAGGUGGCUGCAGAGUGAGGAUAUUACUAUGCUUCCUGAAAACUUGCUGAGCAAGUAUGACUGGAUCAAGCAGUGGCAGCUCAGACAGAAACCUGGCAAGAGGAUGGGAGAAAUUAGUGAUGAAAUAAAAGAUUAUUUAAUACUUCUAAGGAAAAAGUGGAAGAAUAUAAGUGAAAUAAAUGGUCCCCUUGAGAAACAAGAAGCUUGUGAUAAAUUGUUCAAAAACGAAGAGGAGGAGUACAGUCUCUAUGAAGCACUGAAAUUUUUGAUGCUUAACACUGCCAUUGAAUUAUACAACGCCGAUAAAAGUGGAAGGAGAGUGCCUGUCUUCUCCUGGCUCUUGUUUGCACGGGAUACAUCCAGCAACCCUCGUCAGUUAAUGCACAAUCACUUGAAUCAUAUUGGUCACAGUGGAGGCCUUGAACAAGUGGAAAUGUUCCUUCUUGCUUAUGCUCUGCAGUAUACCAUCCAAGUGUACCGACUCUAUAAGUACAGCACUGAUGAGUUCAUCACACUUUACCCCAAUGACCCGGAGGAGGACUGGCCUGUGGUGACCCUCAUAACUGAAGAUGACAGACAUUAUAAUAUUCCAGUCCGAAUGUGCCAAGAGACCAUGCUGUGAACAAGUAAUUUUUUGGCAGACAAACCUGUGCUGCUUAUGGAGGUUUCCCAUGCUAUUUUGAAACAGGACUAUGAAAAAAUCCAUGGGAUUAAAUCAACAACUUGAAAUUUGUGUUUUGGAAGUUGACAUCUGAAAUAAAGUAUCAAAUAGGUACUAUCUUAAAUAGUAAAAGUUUGGCAAGCAUGGCUUUGUUUUCCAUUUUUUUUAAAAAAGGGAAGCUUCUGCAGUUCUUUUUUUGAAGGACUUAUUCUGAGUAGAAUUGCCAAACUGUAGAUUUAUUCAUUUUAUGUCUUUCAGUGAGGCCCUUUUGUGUCUUUCAGUGAGGUAAGACAUGAGCUAACUUUUUGCUCCCCAAAAUGACAAUUGAAAUUCCUGGGAAAGUAAGGUGACAGUGUCUUGGCAGGUGUUUGUAAUGGUGCUUAGAAGCUAUUUAUACAAAAUUUGGUUUCGGGAAGUAAUACAAUUCUUUUGCAGUUGGAAUUUAAUGCCUGCCAUGGUUUAUGCUAUGAGAGAAGUUACUUAAAGUUUUCUAAUGCUUUGGGUUGUUUUUUCCUACGUAAGUGUCUCUUAUUGAGAAGCCAGUUGUCUGUUACACCGAAAAUGAGCAGCUCUCCCCCUGUCAACUCAUGGAAUGUGGCAAAUGUGAUAAGGGAGUAUAAAAGUUGUUUGAUAGUCGGUCACACAAAGUCAAAGACUCCAAAGAAAUCCCACUCAAAUUAUGACAGGUGAUAGGAGAUAGCCAUAGUCCAUGCUAUUGUUCCUGUAGUGUUAAUCCUCUCUGGCAGCUGCCCUGGAGAACAUGAGGAUUUUAAUUUGUCCAGGGAAUGCAAUAGAUGGAAAUAAUCUUUUGGUGCAGCUUACUCCUCCCAUGAGUGGAGAUAUGAGAGGUUUUCUUUCUGUUUAGUUAUUCACCAUGCUUUAAAACGGAAGGAAUACAGAAUAUGUAUCAGAGGCUGGAGGUGCUGGCAAAUCUUUAAAAAAUAAUUAAAUAAUGAAGCAUUCAGCUUUUAGGUUCAAAUCUUACAGAUGACUUUUGGAAGAAGAGAGUGAAAGCUGAUUUAACUGGAAUGCUGGUCAUAUAUAGGUCACUGAGAAGGCCUUCGUAUGUAAAUGGAGUAAGAUUAUAAAAAAACUUUUUAUUUGAAUAUUCUGGAGAAAGUGGCAUUGCAAAAUUCUUCAGUUCUAGUUGAUAUUUGUUAACUAUUAUUGUUAACUAUUAUUGUGAAAGGUAAUAUACACAAUGAAAAUAUGUAUUCACUAUGUUCUAAAAUGUGUUUUAAACACAUUAACGAGGCUUAUGUACUUAAUGUUAUAUUUGUCAUGUUUUCGUUCCCUUCUAAAUCAAUUAGUUUGUUAUGAAGAUUUCUGGGAACUACAAGGGAAAAAAAUAAACUUAAAUUCACCUGGCAGCAUUUUGUUUUCUUGCUUUAUGGCCCAUGCUUUGUAUUUUUAAUGUUUUGAUUUUUGAAAUCCACAUUGAAGUUAGUUUGUUCAUGAAAGCUGCAAAGUAGAGUAACCUGUGUAAAAGAAGUAAUUAUUGUCUGCUUGCACAUCGGCAGCAAAACCGAGUAAUUCCCUGAAUUACUGUUAUCCAAGAAAAGCUGAAGAGGAGGAAAAAUAAAUUAACUGUUGCAACUCACAACUCUGAUAGCAAAAUUGUUAUGAUUUAAUUAACUGAAAUUAUCUAAUUGUCGUGUAUUCUUGAGACUUAACACCUCUUU